AGGUGAACUAAAUGCCGUAGGCGACCGUGGUUAUCAACGUGUGAAAAAACUUCCUGAUAAAAUCUCGCAGCCAAUAGUCAACAUUUCCCAUUCAGUAUCGCUGUUUUGUACGCUCCGAACAAGGUUGUAUGUACAUUCAUCGUUAUCUGAUGAUUCCUACGACGUACCCACGUGCCCAACGAGCGUCUGUUUCCAAUGCGUAAUGACGACUUUUGCAUCCUUUCAGUUCUCAACGGCUCGAGCGAUCAUACACAGCGAGUGAAGCCAUGCUGCAUCUUGCUGGCAGUAUCGCCUGCUAAAUCAUCACCUUCGUUUGUAUCACACUAUUGAAGAUACCGGACGAGUUCAACGAAAACUAUUACGAUGACCGCAGUUGCAGCGCCUUCCGGUGGCGGACUAAAGCGCGAGAUGGGCUUGAUGUCCGCCAUCAAUGUCAUCAUAAGCGUUAUGAUAGGAUCCGGAAUAUUCGUCUCACCGACAGCUGCUCUCAAGUACUCCGGAAGCGUAGGAUUCUGCUUAGUUGUGUGGGCUGUGUGCGGAGUUAUCUCACUAAUGGGAGCGUUGUGUUUUGCGGAACUGGGAACCGUUGUUCCACGAUCAGGUGCCGAAUAUGCGUACCUAAUUGAAGCUUUCAAGAAGACCAACAAAUUCUGGGGUCCUUUGCCUUCCUUCAUUUGUGCCUGGGUUUACGUGGUGGUGUUGCGACCGGCCGAAAUAGCUGUGAUAAUUCUCACGUUUGCCGAAUACUCAAUCUUACCCUUCAGCAACCUUCUAGGGUUGAAAAAUCUUCCUGAAGAGGAUCUACAUAAUCUUAUCAAAUUGAUAGCCAUAUUAGGUUUAGGAGUCAUCACAUAUAUUAAUCUAAGCAGUGUCAAGUUAUACGUUACGAUCAAUAACAUUUUCGGAUUCUGUAAGGUGUUUGCAUGCCUGAUUGUAAUCUUUGGUGGUAUCUACCAGUUGGCAAUCGGAAAUACUGAAAAUCUAUCAAGAGGAUUCGCUGGAACUAACUUCGGUCCAGGACACAUAGCACUUGCCUUCUACAAUGGUCUAUGGGCAUACGAUGGUUGGUCAAGCGUUACUACCAUCACGGAAGAGAUCAAACGCCCUGAAGUUAAUAUUCCACGAUCCAUCAUAAUAGCCGUACCGAUCAUCACCGGUCUGUAUGUGUUCAUGAACAUGGCCUACAUGACAGUGCUAUCUCCGGAGGAGAUGAUCAAAUCGGAAGCCGUUGGGCUGGAUUUCGGCGAUCGAGUGCUAGGAUCCUUUUCCUUCCUCAUUCCGCUUGGCGUAGCAUUGUCCACCUUCGGUUGCGCACUCAGCAUCCAAUUCGGUGUCACUCGCCUCUGCUACGUCGCCAGUCAGGAAGGCCAAAUGUUGGAGCCGCUUUCCUACAUCCAUGUGCGCCGCGGGACACCUACACCGGCAGUUGCCAUGCAGGGUAUUCUUGCCCUUUUGUUCAUCCUGGUUGGCAAUAUUGAGGAACUGAUUGAGCUGGCUUCGUUCCUCAUAUGGUUCUUCUACGGAUCGGCCUUCAUUGCACUGCUGACUCUGCGCAAGACUCAACCCAACGUAGACAGACCUUACAAAGUGCCAUUGUUCGUGCCAAUUUUUGCCCUCGGGGUGUCCAUAUUUCUUUCAGUGGUACCAAUCAUCGCUGAACCGUCGCCAAAGUAUUUCUUCGCCGUUGGGUUCAUCUUGAGCGGUGUUGCAGUCUACACGCCCUUCGUUUACUACAAGAUUCGGCCCAAAUGGAUGAAUAAACUCACCUAUCUCAUUCAGGUCCUGUUUGAGGCCGUGCCAACGUCGGAAAAAUCGGAUUAAUGUUUAUUAC